GCUUUCCUCUGUUUUGUAUUUGUUGUGUUAUGCGAAACCAGAGAAGCACUUUAAGGCAAUGUGGUCUGGUGAUCUCACUCAAAAACUUACCGAUGAUCACACCGACGUCGUCUCCAUAUCGGUCUUCGUUGCUGUGCUCUGUCUCUGCAUCGUCGUUGGCCAUUUGCUCGAGAAAAAUCGAUGGGUUAACGAUUCUAUUACUGCUAUUUUGUUUGGAUGCAUUACUGGAACCAUAAUCUUACUUUGGAGCAAGGGUACAAAGUCUCACAUCUUAAGAUUUGAUGAAGAAUUAUUCUUCAUAUAUCUUCUUCCACCCAUAAUCUUCAAUGCUGGAUUUCAGGUUAAGAAGAAGAAGUUCUUCCGUAACUUUUUAACUAUUAUGCUGUUUGGAGUGGUUGGUGUUUUUAUUUCUUCAGCCAUCAUUUCAACUGGCAGCUGGUGGCUGUUUCCAAAAAUCGGUUUGGCUGGCCUGCUUGCACGGGAUUAUCUCGCAAUUGGGACAAUAUUCUCAUCAACUGAUACUGUCUGUACGCUACAGGUCUUGGAUCAAGAUGAGACUCCUCUACUUUAUAGCCUAGUUUUUGGGGAAGGAGUGGUCAAUGAUGCAACAUCAGUUGUUCUCUUCAAUGCAGUCCAGAAACUAGAUGUUUCUACAUUUGAUGGUUGGGCAGCAGUUCAUGUCUUCAGGGAUUUCCUCUACCUAUUUUUAACAAGCACUGUUCUUGGAGUUGCUGCUGGCUUAGUGACUGCAUAUGCCAUUAAAUCCUUAUACUUUGGCAGGCAUUCAACUGAUCGUGAAAUUGCCCUAAUGGUUCUAAUGGCAUAUCUGUCCUAUAUGCUUUCUGAGCUGCUAAACCUUAGUGGUAUUCUCACAGUCUUCUUUUGCGGGAUUGUGAUGUCACAUUAUGCAUGGCAUAAUCUGACUGAAAAUUCAAGAAUCACAACCAGGCAUACAUUUGCAACAAUGUCCUUCAUUGCAGAAACAUUCAUCUUUCUAUAUGUGGGAAUGGAUGCUCUUGACAUUGAGAAAUGGAAAAUGAGCAAGACAAGCUUCAAAACAUCAAUGGGAAUCUGUUGUACCAUAAUCUUGUUAAUAUUGCUUGGACGUGCUGCAUUUGUGUUUCCUCUGUCUGCUUUAUCCAAUUAUAUGAAUAAAAGUGCUGAGAGAACACCAAUUACAUUCAAACAUCAGAUUCUAAUUUGGUGGGCUGGGCUUAUGAGAGGAGCUGUCUCUAUUGCUCUGGCUUUCCAUCAGUUCACAUUCUCAGGCAUUACAUGGAAUCCAGUUCAUGCUAUAAUGGUUACCAGCACUGCCAUUGUUGUACUCUUCACUACACUGGUCUUUGGCUUUUUGACAAAGCCGCUUAUAAACUUAUUGCUUCCUCAUCAAUCAAGGGACAACCACCACAAUCAAGACCCAAAUUCCCCUAACAAGGAAGAGCUCAAGCUUCCUUUGCUCAACUUUGAAGAAUCUGCCACAGCCAAUAUUCUCCAUGCAAAGGAUAGCCUAUCCAUGUUAAUAGAAAGGCCUGUAUACACCAUACACUCCUAUUGGAGGAAGUUCGAUGAUGCCUACAUGAGACCGGUAUUCGGUGGGCCACGCUGAUUGAAGGCAUUUCUCUUUAAGCAGUGUACUCUGUAGAUUUCUUUCAGAACCAAGUGAAAAUCCAUAUUCAAUUUUGUAGAAACAUG